GGGGGCAGGAGGUGUCUGGGGCUGGGCUCCGCCAGGGUUAAGUGCCCGCCCGUCCCCGGCUGGCGGCCAGCUCGCCUUCCUCGGGAGGCCGGAGUCACCGCCCGGGGACCGGGACCCGGACCACACCGGACCCCCUUCCCCCAUCGCCGCCUCUAGGAGGCGCAGAAAGUGGGGGCGCCAGCCUGGCGCGGGGGGCGGGCGCGGAGAGCCAGAGGGGCUGCGGGGACACCGAGAUGGCCGAUGAGAUCGACUGGCUCGACCUGCCAGGCCGAUGGACCUACGGAGUGGAUCGCGGCGGGAGAAUCUUCUUCAUCAAUGAUGAGGAGAAGUCAACCAGCUGGGUGCACCCUGGUACGGACACAGCCAUCCAGAGUGGAUACGCCUCCAGCCCAGGUUUGCCUAAGGGCUGGGAGAUGGAUUCAACCCCGGAAGGAGCUGUAUACUUCAUCAAGUGACCACAAUGGAAGACGCAACACAUUUCAACACCCAGUGACUGGCCAGGUCCCAGAGGAGAACAAAAAGUUUAACUUGAAAAUAUCGGCCUUGGACAUGUCCAACAAAGCAGGUGGGAAACGUUCUGGUACCGUCACGGAGAACUCCAACAUCAGGAUGGUAUCGGAGGAUCCUCCAGAGCGGCCCAACAUCCGGGCGACUCGAACUUCCCGAAAAGCCAUUGCCUUUGGUAAGCGCUCACACUCCAUGAAACGGAACCCCAAUGCCCCUGUCACCAAAGCUGGCUGGCUCUUCAAGCAGGCCAGCUCAGGGGUCAAACAAUGGAACAAGCGCUGGUUUGUGCUGGUCGAUCGCUGCCUCUUUUACUACAAAGAUGAGAAGGAGGAGAGCAUCCUGGGCAGCAUCCCCCUGCUGAGCUUCCGGGUUGCCUCUGUGCAGCCCUCAGACAACAUCAGCCGGAAGCACACGUUUAAGGUGACUGUUUACUGGGUAGAUGAGGCCGAGGCCAGUCCCACGCACUGCCUCUCCCCACAGGCCGAGCACGCUGGGGUCCGCACCUACUUCUUCAGUGCCGAGAGCCCUGAGGAGCAGGAGGCCUGGAUCCAGGCCAUGGGCGAGGCUGCUCGGGUACAGAUCCCUCCAGCCCAGAAGUCAGCGCCUCAGCCUGCGCGGCCCAGCCAGGAGAAGCCAGACUCAGAGAACAUCCCGCCCAGCAAAGUUCAUCAGCAGCCGCCUCACAACAGCAUCACCAAGCCAGAGCCCGAGGCCAAGACUCGAGGGGAAGGGGACGGCAGAGGCUGUGAGAAGGCCGAGCGAAGGCCUGAGAGGCCCCAAGUCAAGAAAGAGCCUCUAGUGAAAGCCAACGGCCUCCCGCCUGGACCCGAACCAGCCUCAGAGCCUGGCAGUCCUUACCCUGAUGGCCCGAGGGUCCCGGGAGGUGGGGAGCAGCCCACCCAGCCCAAUGGCUGGCAGUAUAGCUCCCCAAGUCGACCAGGGAGCAUGGCUUUCCCACCUCAUGAUGGGGACAGUGGGGGACACCGGCGGAGCUUUCCACCACGAAAUGACCCUGACAAAAUUGCCCAACGCAAAAGCUCCAUGAACCAGCUUCAGCAGUGGGUGAACGUACGCCGAGGAGCACCUCCACCCGAAGACCUUCGGAGUCCUUCCAGGUUCUACCCUGUAUCCCGCCGAGUCCCUGAGUAUUACAGCCCCUACUCCUCCCAGUACCCCGAGGAUUACCAGUACUAUCCACCAGGCGUGCGGCCAGACAGCAUCUGCUCCAUGCCAGCCUACGACAGGAUUAGUCCACCCUGGGCCCUGGAGGACAAGCGGCACUCCUUCCGUAAUGGGGGUGGACCCACUUACCAGCUUCGCGAAUGGAAGGAGCCGGCCGGCUACGGGCGCCAGGAUGGCACCGUUUGGAUCCCCAGCCCCUCCCGACAGCCAGUCUAUUACGAUGAGCUAGAUGCCGCCUCUGCCUCCCUGCGACGCCUGUCCUUGCAGCCCCGUUCCCACUCUGUGCCCCGCUCACCCAGCCAGGGCUCCUACAGUCGUGCCCGAAUCUACUCCCCCGUGCGUUCGCCCAGUGCCCGCUUUGAUCGGCUGCCGCCUCGCAGUGAGGACAUCUACGCGGACCCUGCUGCCUAUGUGAUGAGGCGAUCCAUCAGCUCCCCAAAGUAUGAUUACCUGGGAGACAGGCGGCCAGUCCCUGCAGGACUGUUCCCCUACAACUACCCACCAUCCCCCACGGUUCACGAUAAGAUGGAUGACCUUUUAGAUCUUCAGUUGCAAAGAAACCUAGAGUAUUUGGACCAGCAGAUGAGUGAGAGCGAGACUCUCAUCAGUAUGGUGAACCGCAUGGUGGAGAGCUCCUCCCCCAGGGCCCAACUCUUCAUGCAAGUCCCUGCAUACCCAGAGGUGUUCCGGGACGGCCUCCACACCUUCAAGUUAAACGAGCAAGACACGGAUAAGCUGCUGGGCAAGCUGUGCGAGCAGAGCAAGGUGGUGAGGGAGCAGGAUCAGCUGGUGCAGCAAUUGCGAGCAGAGAAGGAGAGCCUGGAAAGUGCCUUGAUGGGGACCCACCAGGAGCUGGAGAUGUUUGGGAACCAGCCUGCCUACCCGGAGAAGCUGCUGCACAAGAAGGAGUCUCUGCAAAACCAGCUCAUCAACAUCCGGGUGGAGCUGUCGCAGGCCACCACGGCCCUGACCAACAGCACAAUGGUGUAUGAGAACCUUGUGUCUGAAGUCUCGGCUCUGCACGACGACCUCUGGGAACAGCUCAACUUGGACAUCCAGAAUGAGGUGCUCAAUCGGCAAAUUCAGAAGGAGAUCUGGAGGAUCCAAGAUGUCAUGGAAGGGCUUCGGAAGAACAACCCGUCCCGGGGCACGGACACAGCCAAGCACAGGGGAGGACUCGGCCCCUCAGCCACCUGCACCUCCAACAGCCCAGCCAGCCCUCUCAGCUCUGCCAGCCUUACCAGUCCCCUGAGUCCCUUUUCAAUGGUGUCUGGUUCUCAGGGAUCUCCAACCAAGCCAGGGUCCAGCGAGACCAAAACAGGCUAUGAGCCAAACAAGAAAGACCCCGAUCUGACAUCACCCCUGGACACGGCCAGAGAUAUCAGCCUCGUGCCCACCAGACAAGAGCCGGAGGCAGAGAAGCAGGCAGCUCUCAACAAAGUUGGCAUCGUGCCCCCUCGGACGAAAUCCCCUGCUGAAGAAGAGAUGAUUCCAUCAGCAGUGGUGAGGAGGGCCACCCAUGGCCUCACCAAUGGCCUGUCCUCACGGCAAGAACGCCCCAAGAGUGCUGUAUUCUCUGGAGAGGGCAAGGUGAAGAUGAGCGUGGAGGAGCAGAUCGACCGCAUGCGGCGGCAUCAGAGCGGCUCCAUGAAGGAAAAGCGGAGGAGCCUGCAGCUCCCAGCCAGCCCAGCCCCGGAACCUAGCACCCGGCCUGCCUACAAAGUGGUGCGCCGUCACCGAAGCAUCCACGAAGUAGACAUCUCCAACCUGGAGGCAGCCCUGAGGGCUGAGGAACCUGGUGGCCAGGCCUAUGAGACGCCACGGGAGGAAAUUGCUCGGCUUCGCAAGAUGGAGCUGGAGCCCCAGCACUACGAUGUGGACAUCAAUAAGGAGCUCUCCACUCCAGACAAAGUUCUCAUUCCUGAACGGUACAUUGACCUGGAACCAGACACUCCCUUGAGCCCUGAGGAGUUGAAGGAGAAGCAGAAGAAAGUAGAGAGGAUCAAAACGCUCAUUGCCAAAUCCAGUAUGCAGAACGUGGUGCCCAUCGGCGAGGGGGACUCUGUGGACGUGCCCCAGGACUCAGAGAACCAGCUGCAGGAGCAGGAGAGGCGGAUUGAAAUCUCCUGUGCCCUGGCGACCGAGGCCUCCCGCAGGGGCCGCAUGCUGUCUGUGCAAUGUGCCACCCCAAGCCCUCCCACCUCCCCAGCUUCCCCGACUCCACCAGCCAACCCCCUAUCGUCUGAACGCCCACGGGGCGCCGACAGCAGCCAUACCAUGCGGGUCUGAGCUCUGACUGCUAGCCCUGGCUGAGGCCAACGCUGCGAAGCUCCACAGGGCCACCUUCUGACAGCACACCC